GGGAAGGAUUCCGGGCAGCAGGGUGAAGGGGAAGGGGAGUGGGGGUGGGAGAGGAUGGUGACGACUUAUUUCGCGAGUCAUUCGCCGGUUAUGCGAGGCACGUUUAGAAACCCGCCGCCGGGUGAGCCGCGGUCAAAGUAUCCGGAGACUUCGGAGCUGAAGAUUGGGCAGAAGGUUGAGGAUUUGAAGGACCCCGUUGCGAGACGGAAUUUCCGCGUCGUGGUUAUCAAGCCCGAGGAGGUGGAGAUGUUGGAUCUUUCCAAGGCGCCGGAUGCUGUGCGCAAGAGGUGGACUGUUGUGCGGGAUGGGGAUACUGAGAAGUGGGAGGAGGUCGAGCUGUGGCCUUGAUUUCCUUGAGAUUGUUUGGGGAGGUGAUUGGCACAAAGAGAGUGUCUUCUGGGAAGGCUCUAGUUCUUUGUGUUGACAACGGAUUCACGAAAGAUGGGGAAAGGUUCAAUGACUCUUUCAGAAAUCUACUGCUGAAACCAUUGUCGCCUUUGUCCAGACAAAGGCAUGUCUUGUGCCCCGAUAUAGCUCGGUCGAGUUGGGACUGCUAUGCCUUCAGGUUGUCCCGAUAUAGAUCAUCGUCGUCUCAGCUCCUUGUAUUCGAGUCGAUUCAAUGAGCCAUCAUUGUAGAUAUCCUCAUGCUGAAUGCUCGAGUAGCUCUAUCUUCCGGAUAU